UUGCUCAUCCUGCCGGCAGGUGUCGCUGUGCGCUUCUCCCCUCCCUACCCCACGUGUUUUCCUGCGCUGACACGCCGUGCCACAGGCUGGGGAGAUGGCGGAGGAGUCGGUACCGAGCGGGUCGCUGCUGUCCCUGGACCCAGAACUGCAGAAGGAUUUCCAGCAGAAAGUGCAUGAGAUCAGGAGGAAAUCACAGGUCGGCGCUGUCUCCCCGGGGGUGAUAUACAUCGGGCACAUCCCCAGGGCGCUGUAUGAGCCGCAGCUGCGGGAGUAUUUCAGCCAGUUUGGCACCGUCACCCGGCUCAGGCUGUCCCGGAGCAAGAAGACAGGGAACAGCAAGGGAUACGCCUACGUGGAGUUCGAGUGCGAUGAAGUGGCUAAAAUCGUUGCGGAUACGAUGAAUAAUUAUCUGUUCUGUGAGCGGCUGCUGAAAUGUGAAUUUGUGCCCCCAGAGAAGGUGCACCCCCGGCUCUUUAUUGGCUGCACCGCCAAGUUCCGUAAGCCAACAAAGCCGGCAGUCAGUCGGUACAACAAGAGGCGCAGCGAGGCGGAGCAGAAGAAGAUGACGCAGCGAAUGCUCUCGAAGGAGAAUAAAGUGCGCAAACGACUGGCAGAGAAGGGCAUCGACUACGAUUUCCCAGGAUUUGCGGCGCGGAGAGAAAGGAAAGAGCCGACAUGCGAUGCCGACACCUCAGUGAGCAGCCAGGAUCCCACCCCCGUCUGUACCCCCACUGUGCUGGAAAGGAGGAAAUCUGUCCGGCUGGAGCAAAACGAUGAGGAUGAUGAUGAGGAGGUUGUGCUGAAAUUGCCCCAGGAAGAUGAGGAGGUUGUGCUGAAAUUGCCCCUGAAAGUCACACCAACUGCAAAGAGGCAGAAAAUCUCCAAAUCAGAGAAGAAAACAAAGAUAAAGAAACAGAAAUGACAAAAGGUGUAAAUUCCCUGUCCCCAUGUAUCAAGGACUCGAAACCUGUGUGCUGGCUCCUCCCAUCUGUCUCUGGCCCCUCCUAUCAGUGGGCCCAUUCCCAAGUGGACUUAAGUUCUGGGGUUAAAGGGGUGCAUAACCUGGAAUAUUCCCCCUGCUGGAGGCGGAAGCGCUGUAAAUUGCCCCCUAUUGGCAGCCUGUGUAAUGCCCUCUUACCAUAAUUGCCCCUGUGGCUUCCUCACAGACAUUGGGGGGGUAUUAAUGAGGGGCGCAGGGGUUUGUGCUGCUUUUCUAAUUAAGAGACUGUUCCCGGCCUGUAGUGCCCUCCUGUGCAGCCACAUUUACCAUCUUUAAUAAAUGCCUGUUUGUA